UUCGUGACACUCAAGAACCCUAAUUCUUUGUGCUCCUCGCUAUGAUCGAAUGCGGCUAUGGCGUCGUCGAUCAGCAAGGGAUCGACGACGCCAUACGAGAGAAUGGGGAGAAACGGAUUGCGCGCGAGCGCUCCCGUCGCCUUGCAAGCGCUCAAGGUAUGCAGCAGCUCCAGGGAUUUCGAAUCGGGCAGGAGAAUUCACGCGCAGCUCGUCCAAAGCGGUGACGAAUCCGGCAUUUUCGUGGCCAACACUCUGAUCGACAUGUACUGCAAGUGUGGGAGGAUAAGCGAUGCUCUCCGGAUCUUCGAGGGGAUGGAGCAGCACACAGUAGUGACCUGGACAGCAUUGAUCCUGGGAUUCACACAGGACGGGCAAGGAGAGAUAGCUCUCGAGAUCUUCCUGGAGAUGCAAGAGCAAGGCUGCGACCCAAAUCGCGUGACUUUCAUCGCAGCUCUCAAGGCCUGCGCGGCGCUGGGAUCGAGCGACGAGAGAAGGAAGAAUCGAGCACUUUAUCUUCGCAAGGGGAGAAGAAUCCACUCGCAAGCGAAGAAGAACAGUGUGGAGAACGAUCCUUCGCUAUCAAACACGCUGGUGGACAUGUAUGGGAAAUGCGGGGACUUGAUGGAGGCACGGAGAGUUUUCGACAAGAUGCUACGUCGAUCGGUGGUGUCUUGGAGCGCCAUAAUCCUUGGAUACGCCGAGAACGACGAGCCGGAGAUAGCUCUCGAGCUCUUCCAGCGCAUGCAAGACGAAGAACACUGUGCUCCGAAUCGCGUAACGUUUCUAGCAGCGCUCAAGGCCGCCGCAAACUUGGCUUCCACCGAGGAAGGCAAACAGCUCGACGGGCGAUUCGUGAAGAUCAAGUGCCUCGAGAGGAUCCGAGAGCUCCACUCUCGAGCAGCGAAGACUCUGGAGAGCUUGGACACGGCCUUGCUCAACGCGCUGGUGGAUGCGUAUGGGAAGUGUGGAGCCGUGGUGGACGCUCGCAAAGUCUUCGAUAGCUUGGCUCGACCAACGGUGGUGUCGUGGAGCGCGAUCAUUCACGGCUACGCUCACAGUGGUGAUCCUCAGCUGGCUCUGGAGCUCUUCUCGCGGAUGCAACGCGAACGCUGCGCUCCAAACCGUGCCACCUUCCUCGCGGCGCUCAAGGCCUGUGGAAGCCUCGCAGCUCUCGACGCUGGAAGGAAGAUCGAGGCACAGAUCCACAGCGCCAGGCUCCAGGGAGAUCCACUCGUGGCGACUUCGCUGGUGGACUUCUACGGCAAGUGUGGAAGUAUGGAGGACGCUCAGCGAGUCUUUGACGACUCCAUCGCUGCGAGCAAAGAUCUCGUUGCUUGGGACGCGCUGAUAGCAGGAUAUAGUUGGCAGGGACGCUGCGACCAAGUUUUCUCCUUGCUCGAGAAGAUGGAGCGAGAGGCCCGGCUCAAACCCGACGCUGUGACGUUCCUCUCCAUCCUCAACGCUUGCAUCCACGCCGGGCUCGUCGAGAAGGGAGAGGACUACUUCCACGCCAUGCUUCCGAAGUAUGGCAUCGCUCCCAGCAUCAAGCACUACACUUGCAUGGUGGAUCUCCUCGGCCGGGCCAACCGGUUGGACGAAGCAGUGACAAUGGUUUUGACGAUGCCGUUCGAGCCGGACUUGCGGAUCUGGAUGGCUGUUCUUCGAGCCAGUAAAGACGUGGAGAUUGGAAAGCUCGCGUUUCAGUCCAUUCUCGGCCUCGAUGAGAGAAACAUGGCAGCUUACUCGAUGAUGAGCAAUGUCUACGCCGUCGCCGGGAUGCAUGCCGAGAGUGCGAAGCUGGUCCAAGCCAUUCGAGCCGGUGCUACAGCUCCAGGAUCGUCCAGGCAUCCCGGGAAGAGCUGGUGGACUGAUCCGGCCACUGGCUUCGUGCAUACUUUCGUCGCUGGGGAGUCCAGUGACGAGCUAGAGCUGGUGCUGGACAAAGUCUCGGCUGGAGGACGCGAAAGGAGCAGUCUUGACGGGGAGUCUGUGCUGUGCGGUCACAGUGGCAAUCUCGCCAUCGCUUGCGGGGUCUUGAGCACGCCGCCUGGAGCGAGUUUGCGGGUGGUGAGCGACUUCUGGAUUUGUAGAGAGUGCCACAGAGUCGCUGCGAUGCUGUCCAAGGUUGAGCAGCGGAAGAUCAUCUGUCGAGACUACUCCAGCCGGUUCCAUGUCUUCGAAGAUGGUAGAUGCUCCUGCAGUGAGAGCUGGACUUGUUAAAACUCCGCGAGCUGCGAUGGAAACUCUAGCGUCGACUCCAGCACCAAGCUGUGCUUCAUCCUCACCAUCUGCUUGGAAAUCCUGGAUCGAAGUUUUGCGAUGAACUCAUGGUCUAUCGUGGAGUGUAGAUGGGUCGAGCAUCGGCAGAGGGCUGUAUCUUCCUUGUAUACUUCAGCAGCAUCGACUCCACAGUUUGUCCUGGGAUCCUCACGUCCCUGAAACACCAAAGUUAAGCUCGACAAGCAAACAACAAAGCACACAAGUUACCUCAA